AUGCAUUUUUUUAAAAGAAAAAUCAUUGAAGAUCAACAAUUUGGAGAAAAUGGUCAAACAUCUAUUCCAAAUCCUGAAAAUUUAGCUCCCACACAUCCUAAGAAGGUUCAAAGAAAUGAAAGUGAAAUAUUUGAUAUUGCCUAUUUGGAGCGUGAUCCUGAAAAACGUCCUCCAAUUUGGGAAUACCCAAUUAAUCAACAAGAUGAAAUUCGUCGAGCUUAUAUUAAAGUUGGACCAUAUCAAAUCAAACUUGAAAGCUAUCCGCCAUUCGGAUCAAAGGAGCAUCUUCGACGUUUUUGUAGUUCUUGGUUUGAAUUGUUUCCUCUUUGGCUAGAAUACUCUCCAUCAGUUGAUGCAGUAUUUUGUUUGCCUUGCUAUUUAUUUAGUAAGCCAACUAGAUGGAUGGAAGCAAACAAUUUUUUUCUUGGAGGCUUUAAGAACUGGAAGAACGUCAACAAUGGAAAUAAUGGUGCUCUCUUACGACAUGUGGUCAAAUGGCUUGCCUUUCAAGCUUGUGCCUUUCAAGGACGUGACCAAAGUAAAGAAUCAAUUAAUCGAGGAAAUUUCCAUGAACUUCUGAAGUUAUUGGCAUCUUACAAUGAUAAGGCUCCUUUAAAUGCCACAUAUACAUCGCUUGAUAUUCAAAAGGAGAUUCUUUAUAUACUUUCCAACAAGGUCAAGAAAGAGAUUCGUCAAGAAAUUGGAGUCUCAAAAUUUUGCAUCAUAGUAGAUGAAGCACUUGAUGUGUCCAAAAGAGAACAAAUGGCUCUUGUUUUGAUAUUUGUAGAUAAAGAAGGGUUCAUUCAUGAACAAUUUUUUGGUGUUGUCCAUCUACGUGACACUACGGCGUUAGCUUUGGAAGAAGGUAUAGUUUUUGUUCUUUCUCAACAUAAUUUAGUUAUUUCUAACAUACACAGGCAAGGGUACGAUGGAGCUAGUAACAUGAGAGGAGUGUGGAAUGGCUUGCAGGCUUUAAUUUGUAAUGAAUGUCCAUAUGCAUAUUACAUCCAUUGUUUAGCCCAUUGCCACCAACUUGCGUUAGUUGCAGCUUCUCGAGAAGUAAGUCGAGUUCAUCAAUUUUUCUCUACCUUAAUUUUCAUUAUCAUUAUUGUUACUGCAUCUUGCAAGCGUAAUGAUGAAUUAAAGGAGGCUCAAUCUGUUGAAUUUGCUACUAAGAUUGCAAAUUAUGACAUCGAAUCAGGGACGGGGUUAAAUCAAAUUGGCACCUUAAAGCGAGCUGGAGAUACUCGUUGGGGUUCUCAUUUGGGUUCUAUUUCCAGCUUGCUAAAAAUGUUUAAUGCAACUUGUGUGGUUUUGAGUAAAAUUGCAAAAGAAAAGGUUUCAUAUUCUCAACGUGGAGAUGCAGAUUUUGCUUGCAAUCAAUUAUUAUCUUUUGAGUUUGUUUUCAUAUUACAUCUUAUGAAAGAGAUUUUGGAAAUUACUCAUAUUCUUUAUGUAGCCUUACAACGACAAUCACAAGAUAUUUUGAAUGUAGAGUUGCUUGUUCUUAGCAGUGCUUUUGAUCUUAGAGAUGGAUUUAAAUUGUGCAAGAUCGAUGAUAUUUGCAAACUUGCAGAGAAGUUCUGUCCUAAUGAUUUCUUGGGGAAAGAAGUCAAUUUAUCUAGUAUUCAUGAAUUGUGUCAAGGCUUGGUGAAAAUAAGGAAAGCAAUUAUGUAUCCUCUUAUUGACAGAUUACUUAGGCUUGUUCUUACUCUUCCUGUAUCAACAGCAACUACAGAACGAGCAUCUUCUAUCAUGAAAAUUAUCAAGACAAAGCUUCGAAACAAGAUGGAAGAUAGUUUUUUUGAAUGA